AUGUCGGAUGAUUACUUCAGAACCUGGAACCCCAAUAAAGCACAAGACCAAGAGACGGAGAGCGUGUCGAGCCCGCAGGCAGAAUUGGACUCUCAAACACACUCGACGGCCAAGAGCACAAACACUGAUGGUCUGGACAGCACUAAAGAUCCCUGUCUGAAGGUUCAUUGUCCUCCUCACAAAGUGUGUGUGAGUCACGAUUUCCAGACGGCCAUCUGCACCAAUCACAAACCUGCACAGCACAGCAUUAAACCCAGGAAAGGAAGUCUUCCACAUAAGCGAUGGAUGGGAGCUAUGACUCAUGGGAAAUGUAGGCUGUGUCCUGUAGUUCACUCCAGUCUGGUGUGUGGUUCUGAUGGACACACAUACUCAUCAAAGUGUAAACUGGAUUUCCAGGCGUGUAGCGCUGGUAAGAGGAUCUCAGUGAAGUGUGAGGGUGCCUGUCCCUGCCUGCCUGCACAGGAAGUCAUCAAACCACACACAGAGACACAUGGCUGCAGUGACGCUGAUCUGAGAAGUUUAGCGUCCAGACUGAAAGACUGGUUCGGGGUUUUGCACACAGACGCCAAAAGAGACCUUAAAACCACCACAAGCGACACAGCACAGGGACGUUUUGACACCAGUAUAUUGCCCAUCUGUAAAGAUUCUCUCGGGUGGAUGUUCAACAAGCUGGACAUGAACUAUGACCUCCUCCUCGACCAAUCAGAGCUCAGCGCCAUUUACCUCGACAAAUACGAGCUGUGCAUGCGACCGCUGUUCAACUCCUGCGACUCCUUUAAAGACGGAAAACUCUCCAACAAUGAGUGGUGUUACUGUUUCCAAAAACCCGACGGCAUGCCGUGUCAGAAUGAGAUGAACAGGAUUCACUCUCACAGCCGACGGAAGACUCUGAUUGGUGUGCAUGUACCGCGCUGUACUGAUGACGGGUAUUUUAAGGCCACUCAGUGUCACGGCAGCACCGGUCAGUGUUGGUGUGUCGACAAAUAUGGCAACGAGAUCGCAGGAUCCCGCAGACAGGGCAACCCUUCAUGUGAGGAAGAUCAAGAGACAUCUGGAGAUUUCGGCAGCGGCGGCACCGUGAUUCUAAUGGACGAUCAGGAGGAGGAGUCUCCACAGCGUGGGCGGGGCAGACAGAAAGAGAGACGGGCUCAGCUCCACCCCAGCGGGGCGAUCGAGGAUGACGAAGAUGCAGAGGAUGACGAGAUGGGCUACGUCUGGUAGCUCCGCCCACCCAUGUUCCGCUAAUUAACCAGGGACCCAUGUUAAAAAAAAAUGCACAGUUCUGAAGCCAUUCCAGCUCCGCCCCCUCGGAUACGCCCACUUCCUGUACUGCUCCCAUUCUGAAUCUGAUGAUUCCUGAUUAAUCACUGCUGUCCUUCUAUCUCUCUCUUUCUCUGUGGCCAGCUGUUCAUGUUCUGUCCUCUGUUCACCCUCGUUUAUACACGUCGAUCUUCCAGAACACUCUUGUGUAGUCUAGAUCGCAUCUAAAACGCAACAGGAAACAUGCAUGACAAAAUUGUUCGGCAUUUCAGGUUUCCUUUGAGUUGUUGGAAGUUCUACACAGAUCUUCUUGAAGGGUUCUAGAGUGUUUGCACUCUAUUUAAGUGAAGUUCUCUGUGGUCGUAUGCAUGAACGACACUCCAAAACAGAAGACACAGUCAAUGUGCAUGUUUGUUGAUGGACAUUUUUGACCAUUAGGAUGUGUUUUACUGUUUUUUUAGCAUCUUCCAGCAGUGUUUUUUAGAUGCUGUCAAGUUAAAAACAAAUCUCCAGACCAUGAAGUUCUGUUUCAGUCCUGUGCGCUGUGUUUAGCUAUUUUUGUAGGCAAGAACGCAUCCUGAGUGAACGGCCCUUUUUGCUGCGUUCCAAUCAUGACAUAAUUGGGUGUUUAAUUUAUGGCGAAAAACCAUAAUAGCAUUAUUAUGAAAAACAAUGUGCAAAUAAUGCCACGUUUCCAUCCCAUGUGUUCAAAAGAACAAAAUCGCCACUUCCGGAUAAAUUGUAGCCGCGGUGACUCUUUUAUCAAUAAAAUACUCUGUGUUCAGAGCACGCAGACAAAACACUCUACAAAACUUCGUCUCAUGUCUGGGAGCGACAGCGCGUCACACACUUAUGGGAGCACUAUGUGUGUGCGUUCCUCCAUCCUCAUGAUUUUACCGUGCGGAUCUAUAAGAUAUUUUUCAAAAGUGUCAAUAAAGUUUGUAUCGACCUGUUUACUCUACAAACUCUUUGCUGGCUUUGGAUUUUCAGGAUGACCAGAGCACCAUUUCAGAUGCGAUGAUUGGUCUGUUGGUUCAUCCAGUUUUGAUGAAUUAUUCAGUCACAUGUCCUUUUUGAUGUGUAUCUUGUAUUCUUAAUAAAUUCAAUAGCAGUUUAUUCUGUAAAUGUGUUUCCGUCAUAGUUUAUGCACAUUUCUUCUAUUUCUUUUUUUUUUUUAUUCCCUUUUCUCCCAGUUUGGAAUGCCCAAUUCCCACUACUUAGUAAGUCCUCGUGGUGGCGCGGUUACUCACCUCAAUCCGGGUGGCGGAGGACAAGUCUCAGUUGCCUCCGCUUCUGAGACCGUCAGUCUGCACAUCUUAUCACGUGACUCGUUGUGCAUGACACCGCGGAGACUCACAGCAUGUGGAGACUCAUGCUACUCUCCGCGAUCCACGCACAAAUUACCAUGCGCGAUAACCACUAAUCGUGACCACGAAGAGGUUACCCCAUGUGACUCUACCUCCCUAGCAACCGGGCCAAUUUGGUUGCUUAGGAGACCUGGCUGGAGUCACUCAGCACACCCUGGAUUCAAACUCACGACUCCAGGGGUGAUAGUCAGCGUCAAUACUCGCUGAGAUACCCAGACCCCCUCACAUUUCUUCUUAUUGAAUUAAAAAUGUAUCCACCACAAGCGAGCGCAGACGUUUUUUAUGCGCAUUUUGGAGAUUUUAUUCGCAUCUUGGUGUUUCCAUCCAGCAGUUUUUAUGGAAUAUAAAAAUGCGCAUAAAAAUACAUGGAUGGAAACCCAGCUUGUGAAGAGCAUGCUUGAGAUAAAAUAUGAAAAAUGAUGUUUAUAGAAAACAAAGAAAAAUCAAGGUUAAUAUCACUUGUGAGCAGAAUAUUUUAAUUUGGGUGACAUUUUCAGUCAAGCUAUAAUUUGGUCAAAUUUUGCCAAUUUAAUUCAAAUAAAUCCUAUAACAUGAAAUAAAUGAUUCUUGAACUGUUCUUAAACUGUCCCUAAAUGGUUAAUAAAAUCUGUAACUCAAAAUCAAUCACUCUCUUUAUAAUUUCUUCUCCAAGCAAGUACAUUUGUUGCAAAAGUCUGUAUUUCAUGUAAGCAUCGUAGGCAACAUUCGUAACGGUAUAGUAACAGUAAACAGUUUUAACAAGUUACAGCAGCCCCUCAGCAAACAAGAGCAGAAGGGAAAAAAUAUUAGCUUACCAUUUAUCACAUGCUGAAACUUUAUUUGGACUGAAACUUUUCAAUCUGCAAUCAUGUGUAACGAUGCAACAGUCCUCUUUGACACCUGAACUUCUUCAGAACAUCAAAUCUUAGUGAUACCUGCGCUAAAAUCACCCUGCGCUCUGUGUGGUUCCUAAUGCCCCAGUGGAGUGACGGGGACACUAUACUGUAAAAAGGCACCGUCCUUCGGAUGAGACGUUAAACUGAGGUCCUGACUCUCUGUGGUCAUUAAAAAUCCCAAGACACUUCUUGUAAAGAGUAAGGGUGUAACCCCAGUGUCCUGGCCAAAUUCCCACCAUUGGCCCCUAUCUAUCAUGGCCUCCUAAUAAUCCCCAUCCUUUAAUAGGCUCUGUAACUCCACUCUCUCCUCUCCACCAAUAGCUGGUGUGUGGUGAGCGCACUAUGGCUGCCGUCACAUCAUCCAGGUGGAUGCUGCACACUGGUGGAGGUUGAGGAGAGUCCCCUGUUCACUGUGUAAAGCACUUUGUGUGUAGUGUCAGAAAAGAGCUAUAUAAAUGUAACAUUCAUUCAUAAAAACAAGCUGGACGCAACGCAACAAAUGAAAUGUCUGGAGUUGCAGUUUUAAAUAUUGAAGCUCUUUUUAACUUGACGGUGUAUAAAAUCAUUGGGUCAUCCACGAGACUCGAAAGAAACAUCAGUCAAAAAACGUCCAUCUAGCGCGUGAUUACAUCAGAAACAAUUGAAACACAGUGCAGACGUGCACAAAAACACGUUCGGUGUGAACAGCCCCUGCAGUCUCUCAAAAGUGUAUAUCUAUGUUGCCGUGUCAAGUGUUUCAGUAGGUACUUGUGCUACGGAUCUGCAUUUGUCUUAAACUCGUCGUAAUGGUGAUAUUUCCAUUUAGUAAAACAGCCGCUUGUAUCGUCCGACAUCUUUUCACUUGAGCGAUUUCUCAACAUAGUGGCACGAGCUCACGUGUGCAGGUGUAUCAGGAGCCAGCUGAUAGAUAGCUGUGCAAUGUGUAUAAACCUCACCCCAAUAAACCUCACUCCCUUCCUGGCCAACGCACCAUUGUGGAUCUACCCGCUCCCUACGAGACUCGAACCGGCGUCUCCAGCAUGGGAGACAAAUGCGCUAACAAGGAGGCUACAGCCUCUAGUGUCAGUCGCAAGUGCACCUCUUGAGGUCACGAGAGUGAGGUUUAUACACAUUGCACAGCUAUCUAUCAGCUAGCCACCGUUACACAUGCAUAUUGCCAAUGCAUUUAAAGGGGCCGCGUUGAAUUACAAAACAUUUGACGUUAAAUUUCGAUUUACAAAUCAAUAUUGUUUUAUAUAGAAUUGUUGAAAGUCUAUACAGUAUGUAACGCAAGUACAUCAUAAGUAACUGUAAUUACAUUUUACAAAAUGAAGAGUAAUCCCUCUUCACUCCAAGGAAAUAGUUAUUUAAUUACUUUGUAACGCGUUACACCCAACACUGGACAUAACUUAGUCCAAAGUGCUGAAAGUGUCAGACGUUGAAGAAACACCCAAUUACAAGAUUCCAGCUAGUAAAAAACUAUUUCGUUAUUGUUUUAACUCGGAAUUACUAGUUGGAAAUGCAAAAUUUUAUAAAAGCUUCGACUUCUCCCACUUGACCGUUGUGACAUCUUGUUAAAACAACGAAAAGCUCUUUCUUUGUUCCUCAAAAUUUUGCAAAAGAAUAUAGGCAUACGUAUAUAUUUGUAGUAAUUAAAUAUUUUGCCGUCAUCGAAAACAAAGACACUCAUGCAUGGACCCAUUUUGAGUAAUGAGUGCAGCUUUAGUAAAGAAUAAUUUGUGAGUCAAAGAAGAUGCUCAGAGUAGAAUCUGAGAUUUGUAAUCUAAUAAUUACGGUAAUUACGACAGUGUGACGACCAUUGAAAAGAGCACAAGCGAUGUGCACGAUUCAAUAAAUUGUUUGUUGUUUCAGCUGGUGAUUCCAUUUUAAACUCCCUCAAAUUGUUUGUCCAGUUUUUCACAGACUUAAAGUGUUUAAAUGAAUUGUGACCUUUGUGUGAUGUGUUUACUGAAGCUCGGGCAUUUCAGCUUGACAGAAUUGCAAAACGAUGAAACGGCUCAUCGGCCUGACCUUUUCAAACCAUUACCGAACGCUUCCGCUCGCAGAAAAACAGAAGGCGAAAGAAAAGCCUCUCUCUGUGACGGCCCGUCUGAGUUCACUGAAGAGAACACUGCUUCACGCUUCUGUGUUCGGCUGACAGAUGAAUUUUGUAUCAUCAGCACAUCUGAGCGAGAGAAUACAAAUAUAUCUGCACUUCUGAAUGACUCUGUGACUCUGUCCUGCAGUUCUCUAAUAAUUCAUCUCCUGCAGUUGAAGGGAGGAGCUUAGCCAUCUAAAACCGAGUCAGUUUAAAGUGAGUUUAGAUGGUUUCUGUCCCAAUCUCUUAAAGGGAUAGUUCACUCAAAAAUCAUUUACAGAUAGUGAUGUUUUGAUAGUGCCUGAUAUGAGGCGUUUUGUGCUCAGAGGGGACGUUUCUGGGUCCUCUUCCGUGAUUAUGGGUAACAGAGGAAAGAACUGACAGGCCUACGGCUUCAUAACAGCUUUUUCUCUCUACCUUAUUCUGUUUUUUCUCCUCGUUUUCUUCUCUCCACCUUUCCAUGUUUGAGUUCUAUGAUAAUGAUUGUUUUACCAUGACACUGAUAUGAAAAUAUGACUAUUUAAAGGAAUAGUUGUCAGUUGCAUCUUUUACUCGCCCUCAUGCCGUUCCAAACUCCUCCGUUAUGAAAAAAACACAAAAACAAGAUAAUUAGCUAAAUGUCCAUGCAGCUCUUUUCCAUACAGUGAAUGUGAAUGAGGGCAGACUCUGUCAAGCUCCAAAAAUGGCAUAUGAUUAUCGUAAAAGUAGUCCAUAGACUCACUAUAAAUGCUGUACAUGCUAUAUUUGUCUUCUAAAGUUGUAUGAGAGCUUUGUGUGAGAAAAAGACAAGAAGUAGACCGAUAUAUUGGUUUUACCGAUUAAUCGGUGCCGAUAGUUGCUUCUUGAAACUAUCAGUUACAGUAUAUGCAAAAAUAUAUGCCUUUUCUUCUCAUUUUUGUUAUUUGUCAUCAAUUAACCUGAUCUGGUGAACUAUAUACUGUAUACACAAAACUCUUCAUCUGGUUAUAAAAAGCUUUAUUUGGUAAAUAUUAAAUGGAGAGCAUCAUAUUGGUGCCAAGUCUCUAUUAUUUCAAAACAAGAGUUGCUGGUUUAUUUCACGCUUGUUUAUAGUUAAGUCCCGCGUUAUGCGCCAGAUCAUAAUUUUUCUGGUUAUUAUUUGAAUUUUGGUUGCACAGUAAACUGCACCUGGGAUUUCUGUACAAUAUCUGUACCCGUCAUUGUAAAGAAAGCCUCCGAAUUUUUUAUAAUUGUAUAAAUCGUUAUUUUUUUAAACUAUCGGCCGAUUAAUCGGUUAUUGCCCUUUUCCAAGCAAAAUCCACUAUCGGUUGACAUCUAGAAAAGACCCAAGUUUAAGUUGUCACGCACUGAAACAUCUUACCCUCUCAAAUAUCCGCUUCAGAUUUGACGUCAGUGAUGCCGUUGAUCCUCAUGUGUCUUGAAACCGAUCGCCAAAUUUGAAUAUACAGAAAUGCGAAUUAGAUUUGAGAGAUGUGGCGAAAGAAAGCCAUACGGGUUUGGGACGGCAUGAGAGUGUUUAAAUUCAUUUCUGAAUGAACUACUCCUUUCAAAAACCUGAAAUAUUAAAGCCAGGCUAAAAUAAGUGUACGUGUCCUCUGGCUUGUUCUCAUGAAAAUGACAUGACUGUGGUGACAUUUUGGCAAAAGUGAUAUUACGUGAUUCAUUGGACGUAUGACGGCAUAUCUGAGGUGAAAUGUCCACUGUGUGGCGCUAAAAGCGAGUUAAAUGUUCUCCCAAACAGGUUCUGUCGAUUAUUAAAUCAACAAAACAGACCUCCCUACCCUAAACACUUAACCUAAACCUAAACGAUAGUGGCAGAAAAAGCAAACGUGAGAUGAAAAACACAAUUACGUCAUUAUGUGUUGCGUCUAUGACACUUUUGGCUCUUGUGUGGACUCAUGUGCUCUUCAGGACUCAUACCCCACUCCAUUACAUUAUCAGUCGAGCUACCGCACAAUUUAAUCACACUCGUACAAGCUUGGAAAUGUAGUUUGUUCUGCAAUGCAAAUGUUCAAAUGAGUGAUGCGCUACAGUGUUUAGAUGUCAUAAGAUAGCAUUGUGAACAGGAAGUGUUUAUGAACUGAUAAUCUGCCGUUUUACUCGUGAUUUGUGUUGUAGCACCUCUAGUGUUCAUUUCACCAGGAAACUUCUGCGAUACGUACAAUGAGCUACGUAAAAAUCAUUGUGCAAAAAACGUAGGUGUAGUUACAUGAUUCAAUGAGAAGUCUAAAUCUGUCUGUCUUUAUUUUGCAUUCUCUAUCGAUGAAAUUCAGAUGAUAUAACAGUCUGUUGUUAUCAUGAUGACCCGAGAGCUGAGUAUAGAAAACACACACCAUAUCUGAUCGCUGCAGAACUGCAUUUUGGACUUUUUUCACUGACCCACACGUGCUGCUAUGUUUCCGAUGCCUGGCCUGCAACUGUAAACGUCUCCUGGCUCCGCCCCCCACUUCCUGUCCCGCCUCUGCCUGCUUCGCUCCUGUACAAGGGUGCAAAAAAGCUUUGCUUCCGCUGUUUUCACUUAUUUGAACACAAACACACAGGUGACCGCUCACACUUUGCAGCAACAGAUUCAAUGGCCAUAUUUGCAAGAGUUUCCUUUGUUAAUUCUCUAUAUUUUUUACUCUGUAAAGAAGACAAUAAUUAACGUGUAAAAAAAAAGAAGAAAAAUGCUGAAUGUUCAACAGGAGAUGUAAUUUAAUGACGUCAUGUGGCUUUGUCCAUUUUGCCUUGCCUGAGUCUGGAUGUGUACUCUCCUGUAGUCCUGAGUUUAAUGUAAAGACCGCUCUCUAUCUGUCUCUCUCUCUCUCUUUGUAUCUUUAUCUGUCUCUCUCUCCUUUUCCACUGACAUGAUGCCAGUGUGUGUGCCCAAUCUGGCCCCUUUCCGUGCAUCUCCACCAAGGAAAAAGCAGUUCUGGGAUGGAAAAAUGUCCACAGUUUUCAAAACAUUUUCUCAAAAUGCCAAAUAAAUCGAUUAUAGUCAAUAACGAUAUAUGCAUCGGAAGCAUCCGGUGUGACACAAUGUGAAUUACUAUACGACGUGAUAAUUGAUUACUAAAAUUGUAUUUGUUAUAUAUUUAAAUAAUUUCUGACUCAUUACGAAAGAUGCUGACUUAGAUUGCUUGGGAUGUUCAGAUAGAUUCUCAAAAGUACGCACGUUUUUGUUUGUGGGCAGGUUAUGUUGUAAUGUAGUCAUUCCACUCUCAAGUUUGCAAACCCAUUUCGGUGGAAAAGGAUAUUUCUCUUUCUGUCUGUUCUCGUGUCCUCUCUUUGUCCAAUAUUCCCGUUAUUUUCCCCUCCUGAUCGAGAGUCCCAGUGGAAUGUUUAUAUUCUGGGCUGAUUCGUUUGCUGUUCGGUUUGUUUCAUUUCACUUAAUAUUUUUAUUUAAUCAUUUUUAUUUUAGUUUUAACUGUAAAAUGGUUCCUCGAGAAAACGUUUGUCUGAAUAAAACUGGAGUUUGUCCUCGUCCAGUACUCUGUG